ACGAAACUAAAAGUCAGAGGUCAGAAAUUAGAUCCAUGCUGAAGUUCAGUGUAAUUUAGGACGACUGAAUCUUCUGCACUGUCGUCGCGAUGGUGGAUUACAGCGUUAAUGGCUCCGUGGCCGUGUUAAUGGUCAACAAUCCGCCUGUCAACGCCCUAGGCCAUGCUGUGCGCGUUGGUCUGAAGACAGGCAUAGAGAGAGGGGCUAAAGACAGCCGAGUCAGAUCUAUCAUCAUCAUCGGCAAAGGGCAAACGUUUCCCGCAGGGGCAGAUAUCAGGGAAUUUGGAAAACCUAGCAAAGAACCGUGGUUGACGGCGGUGGGUAACUUGAUAGAGACGUGCAGUAAGCCAGUGGUGGCCGCAAUCCAUGGAACGUGUCUGGGGGGAGGGCUGGAGAUAGCCCUGUUCAGUCACUACCGCAUCGCCGUAUCCUCAGCAAGGGUAGGAUUCCCAGAGGUGACCCUGGGGCUUUUACCAGGAGCAGGGGGCUCCCAGAGGCUGUCACGGUUGACCGGACUCCCUGUUGCCAUGGAGAUGAUAUCUUCAGGCCGCCAUGUACCAGCCAGAAAAGCAAAGGAAUAUGGUAUUAUAGAUGAGAUUGUGUCAGGGGACUUAUUGAAAACAGCAUUAAAGUUUGCCCAAGAAGUUCAAAGUCGACCUUUCAAGGACAGAUGUCUGAGGUACAAGGUCGUUCCCAAUGCUGACAGAGUUGAGGAGUAUGCCUCAGCUGCACUGACCCAAGUGAAAAAGAAAUACAAGGGCUUUGAAGCCCCUGUGGCUUGUGUGCAAGCUGUAAGAUCCUCAGCUGAACUCUCCUAUGAAGAAGGUAUGAAACGUGAGCGGGAUCUAUUCCUUCAGCUGGGACAAUCAGGACAGGCCAAAGCGCAACAAUACGCCUUCUUUGCAGAGAGAGCUGUAACAAAGUGGCAGAUGCCUGGGGGGAGUUAUAAAACAGCCAAGCCCCUCCCUGUGAGGAGUACAGCGGUCAUUGGGGGCGGGACCAUGGGGUCAGGGAUUGCUGUGUGUCUUCUGAGUGCUGGUCUACCUGUGUAUCUACUGGAGCAGAACGAAAAGUUUCUUCAGAGUGGAGUUAAGCUGAUUGAAAACAUCAUGGCUGGUAGUGUAAAGCUUGGUAAAGUCUCCAUGGAAACAGCAAAAAGGGCAGCAACUCUGCUGAAACCCACACUAAGUUAUGAUGACAUCAAAGAUGUAGAUUUGGUUAUAGAAGCUGUUUUUGAGAAUCUUGACAUCAAAAAGGAGGUUUUUUCUAAGCUUGACAAAAUAUGUAAGCCAUCAGCCAUAUUGUGUACCAAUACCUCUACCAUCGAUAUAGACAGGAUAUCAUCCGCCACAUCUCGGCCUGAAAAAGUGGUUGGCACACAUUUCUUUGCACCUGCUUAUCACAUGAAACUCUUGGAGAACAUUUAUGGAACUAAAACCUCACCUGAAGCUGUUGCCACGGUGAUGAAACUAGGAAAGACCAUCAACAAGGUGCCCGUGUUGGUGAAGAGUUGCCAUGGAUUCUUAGCUAAUAGAAUGAAUGCCCCAUUUGGCUCUGAGGCGAUUUUCCUGGUAGAGGAGGGAGCAAGCCCACAGGAAGUGGACAGGGUCAAUGAGGAUUUUGGGAUGCCGAUGGGGCCAUUCAAAGUUAGGGACUUGUCAGGUAUUGACAUCUCCUGGAGAAUAAACAGAGAGGUUGCCAAGGUCCUGGGUACCUCCAUCACCAAGGAAACCAGAUUCCUGGGGGGCAACAGAUACUGUGGCCUGAAUGAUGACUUCUAUGAUAAAGGCAGAUAUGGAAGAAAGACUGGUAAAGGCUGGUACAUGUAUGAGAAGGUGGGAGGGAAAACUGCGGUAGCUGAUCCAGAGGCUGAGGAGAUUAUCAACAGCUACAGACAGAGGAGGGGGAUCGUCAAACGAAAAAUCACCCCACAGGAGAUUUUUGAGCGGCAAUUUUAUUCAGCCAUUAAUGAAGGUUUCCGUAUUUUAGAAGAAGGAAUUUGCAACAUGCCAGAAGAAAUAGACAUUUCAUGGAUCUAUGGGUUCAGCUACCCCAAGUACAGAGGAGGACCCAUGUUUUAUGCUAGCCAGAUAGGACUGCAGAGAGUAUAUGACAGAAUAUGCCAUUAUCAGGAAACAUGUCCAUACAGCAUACACUGGGUUCCAAAUCGACUUCUGAAGAAACUCGCGGAGAACAAUGUGCCAUUUACCCAGUGGGCCAAUCAUGUAUCCAAGAGCAAAAUGUGAUUCAAACCGUGCCAAACUGUACUUUAUUACCUACAUAUACAAUAUUACAAUCAGAAGGUGUUAACAUAUUGGAAUUAUUUAUCCUAGUGAUGCAUCUUUGUAUUGUCAGGGAUGUAGGAACAAUGUUAAACUUUGUUACCUAGGUGAUGCUCAAAUGCAUUAGUCCCAUUGUCAUGAGUCUAAUAUAUACAUGUAAAUUUAAGUCUUUACCUGUGAACUAUUAAUUUGUUGCAUGUAUGAAAUGAUGUACAAUUGUUAUUCAAUUAUAUAUUAUACUAUAUCCAGAUUUCUUGUGAUUUAUGGGUGGACAUAAAAUACUGGUGAACUGAAUGGCUGAAUGAAAUUUAAUCAUUUUAACUUAAUUGUUGCAUGACAUUGUACAGUAUGAAACCAAAUUUGUUGUUUUAAAUAUAUAUGAUAUAAUUAUCAUGAUCUCAGAUGAUUUUUGUUGAUAUAUAAAACACUUAAAUUAAAGGCUGAAUAAAUUUUGAUAAUAAAACUGGUAUAUACAUGUACCGAAUAUUUUAUUGCUACAACCUUUUUACCAUAAUUAUAAAAUAAAUUUGAAUAUUACAAGUGUACACCGUGUUAUCAUAAACAACACCAUGCAAUAUUGGAAUACAGUUUUAUAUCUAAAUUAACUUUUUAAGCUUGAUAUAUAAUCACUAGAAAAAUAAAAUUUGAAUAACAUUGUAUAACAACAUUGUAAAACUGCAUGUUAAGGUUAUUUGUGUAUUUCCUGUAAGACUUUUUUCUUCUGGUUGUGUCAUGAAUAAAAAAUGUUAUUAUUUACUAAAUAAAUGGUCUUUAAGAAUUGUAAAAUUGAUAUUACAUAUAAUCAUAACUUAAAUUAUGGUGAUAUUUGUUUAUUGUUAUACUUUCAUGUUAAAUACUGAAAUCUGAUUGGUUAAGACGCAGUUAAUAAUAUUUACUAUUACCCUCAGCGUUAGCAACGCACUUGGCAACGGGUAACAUUAAAAAAUGUUACAUGCGCGAAAAUUAUGCGCGUACGGUUCGCUGUAGAAUUCACGUUAUUCCUAUAUAAAAGCAGUAAAAUUUUCUUAAAAUUUUUAAAAAAGACAUUCAGUAUAACAAAAUAAAUAGUGCCUGUUUGGGAGGAUAACAGUUGAAAUUGACACCCCUCGAAAACCAUUGUCAACCUCCGCUUCUCUUCGCGUCGGUUGACAAUGGUUUUCUCGGGGUGUCAAUUUCAACUGUUACCUUCCCAAACAGGCACUAUUUAUAUAUUAACAUAUACUAGAAUUUACUAGUUCAUCACAUUUUGUCUUUCUUCACAAUGAAGAUUAAAAGAUAAGUAUCCAUUUAUUAUACACUUGACUUAACAAGUUUUACCGUGUUAAAUUUGUCUUUUUAAUUUACAAAUAAUUAUUAUCAGACCUAAAGCUCUUUAAGUGUUGUAUUGAAUAAGGAGUUUGCACGAUUGUUCAAUUUGAAAAUUACUUAAUCUUUUAAUUAAUGCCCAUGAAAAAUAUUACUGUAACAAAUGCAAGCUACAAUUUAAUAUUGCAAUAUCUACAUACUUAUGACUUAAUGCAAUUAUAGAUCCCUUCACGUUAACUGCAAUACUUUUUUUUUUUGCAGGGCCAAUUGACAUAGAUUGGUGAAUUAUCAUGUAACAUCAAUUGUUUGAAUCAUUUAAUUAUCUACCGACUAAACUUUGCCAGAAUAUAUCAAUUUACCCUGCAAGAGGGCAGAUUCAAAGUUACCUGCAAAGACUAAUUACUACGUUAUGUGUGAAUUGUCUGGUUUAUUGCUUUUUGAUUGUAACAGUGUUAUACUUUUUAUGAUUUUGAGAAUAAAAAUUCUUGUUAAUUUAUUUCUUGAUUUAAAGUGAAAUUCGAUCUUUAUGCAAAAAGUAUAAGCUGGGUUAAAUAUCAUUAUUAUGUAUAAAUGUACAUUUAAGUUCAUUGACCUUGAAUCAAGUUUCCACUCAAAUGUAAAGGUCAUAGCAGACCUUCUGCGUGAACUACUUGUUUGGAAACUACUAGUACAAAU